GAAAUCUGCAUAUGCAAAUGGGUCAUUGGAAGAAGAGAGAGCAACUGCCCCAACAGUUACCAUCGUAUUGCUAGUAUAAAAGGGCUAAGAUGGAUCUCAAAUGGUAUCAGACAUUCGCCAAUCAUCCAACAUGCAAGUGUUCAUCUUCGCCCUUCUCGUCGCCACCGUUGCCGCUGCAUCUCUCCCGGGUUACAAGGAGCCGGAAAUCACCAUCGUGAGCCAGUCUGAUGUCCGCAACCUCGACGGCAGCAGCCAGUGGAGCUUUGCUGGAUCUGAUGGAACUACCCGCGACGAAUCCCAGGUCCAGAAACAGCUGCCCGGUUACGAUAAAGAAGUGACAUCUGGCAACACUAACCAGGGCAAUACCUACUACACUUCGCCGGAAGGCCAGAAGAUCACACUCACCUGGGUUGCUGAUGAGAAGGGAUUCCAACCUAAAGGUGACCACUUGCCUACCCCUCCCCCCAUUCCGGAGGAGAUUGCCCGCGUUCUCCCCACCCUACCCAAACUGGCUGAAUCCUAUUAAGGAUUUCGUUCGCUGAAAGUGUAGUUUUACAUCCACGUAUAGAGCGGUUGCCUUAUUUAAAUUAUUCAUGCUAAUAAAACAAUAUCAUAUUUUA